AUGGGCUCCGCUGUCUGGUGUCGCCUCGGCGGCCUCAGCCUCCGGCUGGUCUGCCUCCUGUCCUUAGCACCGGCGAGGGUGGCCGCAGGUCUGUACGAGCUCAAUCUCACCACUGAUGGCCAAGCCACCACGGGGACACAAGUGACCAUCUCAGCCACCCUGGUGGCCAACGACAACAGCAGCCUGACCCUGCCUGCCAGUGCCCAACUGUACCAUUUCCAUUGGAUUCACACCCCACUCAUACUCACAAGCAAGAUGGAAAAUGAUCUCACCUCGACCAUCGGAGUGGUGAGCAGCGUACCUGGGGACUUCCCAGUCUCCGUCUGGGUCACUUCAGCUGACUGCUGGAUGUGCCAGCCCAUGGCCAGAGGCAUUAUCCUUCUGUCUUUCACAGAGUUCCUUGUGGGGGACCUGGUUGUCACACAGAACACCUCCUUGCCAUGGCCUAGCUCUUACCUCACCAAGACAGUCCUUAAAGUAGCCUUCGUCCUCCAUGACCCCAGCAACUUCUUCCACAUGGCCUACUUUCUCUACAGCUGGGACUUCGGAGACGGGACUCAAAUGGUGACAGAAGAUGGUGUGGUCUAUUACAACUAUUCAGUUAUGGGAGCCUUCACGGUGAAGCUCAAGGUGAUAGCAGAGUGGGAGCAGGCACAGCCAGAUGGCUCCAAAGUCGUUAUGCAGAAGACCGGUGACUUCGCUGCCUCAUUGAAGCUGCAGGAAACCCUACGAGGCAUCCAGGUCUUUGGGCCUACUGUAAUUCAGAGCUUCCAAAGGAUGAUAGUGACCUUGAACUUCCUGGGGAGCCCCCCACUGAAUGUGUGCUGGCGGCUCAAGUCCGAGUGCCUUCCACUGGAGGAGGGGGAGUGCCACCCCAUAUCCGUGGCCAGCACAGCUUAUAACCUGACCCACAUCUUCCACAGUCCUGGAGACUACUGCUUCAGCAUCCGAGCUGAAAACGCCAUCAGCAAAACACACCAGUACCACAGGAUCCAGGUGUGGCCGUCCAGCUUCCAGCCAGCUAUCUUUGCUUUUCCGUGUGCCACAAUUAUUACCAUAUUGCUGGCCUUCAUCAUGUACAUGACCCUGCGGAAUUCCACCCAGCAAAAGGAGAUAUUGGAGCUUGCUGAUUUUUUUUACUCCCUUCCUCCCUUGCCCCCCAUGUCUGACAAGAACCCGGAGCCACACUCUGGGGUCAGGUGUUGCUGCCAGACGUGUUGUGGACCUUUCUGGCUGGAUACACCAUCAGAGUACCUGGAAAUUGUCCGAGAGAACCACCGGCUGCUCCCUCCCCUCAAGUCUGUCAAAACAUACACAGUGUGAGUGCCCUGCUCCCGCUCAGCUCAGUAUUAUCAGAUGUGACUC